CCUUCCCCUAUGCCGCCUACUCCAUGCCGGCCUCCUGGCUGCACGGCCGCCUGCAUCAGCUCUUUGUGCCCGCCGCCGUGCUCAAUUCCUUCCUGUGCACCGGCCUCUCCUGCUACUCCCGAUUCCCGGAGCUGGAGAGCCCCGGGCUGAGCAAGGCCCUCCGCACCGGCGCCUUCGCCUACCCCUUCCUGUUCGACAACCUCCCGCUCUUCUACCGGCUGGGGCUGUGCUGGGACGGGGGCCGCAGCUGUGGGCGGGAGGCGCUGAGCCCCAGCCAUGGCUACCACCUGCUGUGCGCGCUGCUCACUGGCUCCCUCUUCGCCUCCCGCCUGCCCGAGCGGCUGGCACCUGGACGCUUCGACUACAUCGGUCACAGCCACCAGCUCUUCCACGUCUGCGCGGUGCUGGGCACCCACUUCCAGCUGGAGGCGGUGCUGGCUGACAUGGGGUCCCGCCAGGCCUGGCUGGCCACGCAAGAGCCCCCCCUGGGCCUGGCAGGCAUGGCGGCCACGCUGGGUUUGGCGGUGGCCGGGAACCUGGUCAUCAUCGCUGCUUUCACAGCCUCCCUAGGUUGGGCCCCCAGUACAUGUCCCUUGCUGCAGGGUGGCCCGCUGGAGGGGGGUACAAAGGCCAAACAGCAGUGAGGCCCACCCCUGGGCCUGCCCUGGAG